AUGUCCUCAUUUGCCGUUGCUCCAGGCCAAGCACGCACCCUUCGCGCUUGCAUGGUUUGCUCCAUUGUGCAGCCUCAGAGCAAAUUCAACCGCGAAGGCUGCCCCAACUGCGAACACGUCCUCAACCUCCGCGGCAACAGCGAAGCAAUCCAGGAAUGCACCUCGCAGGUCUUCGAGGGCCUAAUCUCCAUCAUCGACGAGCGCCAGAGCUGGGUGGCGCGCUGGCAGCGUCUGGAGGGCUAUGUGCCGGGGACAUAUGCGAUCAAGGUGGUCGGCACGCUGCCGGACGAGACGAUUGCGGCUCUCGAAGACGCUGGCGUGAAAUAUAUCCCGCGGGACGGAAGCCUUAACGAAGAACAACCCGAGGAAGAGUGA